GAGCUUGGCUACAGUUAUGUUGAACUAAAUGCCAGUGACACCCGCAGCAAAAACAGCAUGAAGGAAGUAGUGGCACAAUCUCUGAAUAAUACCAGCAUCAAAGGAUUUUAUUCAGGGACAAGUACAUCCGUAAGCAACAAGCAUGUUCUAAUCAUGGAUGAAGUGGACGGUAUGGCAGGAAAUGAAGACCGAGGGGGUGUACAGGAGUUAAUCUCUUUGAUCAAACAAUCGAAGAUCCCCAUUAUUUGCAUGUGUAAUGAUCGAAAUCACCCUAAAAUUCGGUCACUUGCUAACUAUUGCUUUGACCUCCGCUUCCAGAGGCCCAGAGUGGAGCAAAUUAAGGGGGCUAUGAUGUCUGUGGCAUUCAAGGAAGGACUGAAGAUUCCACCACCAGCUAUGAAUGAAAUUAUACUUGGGGCCAACCAUGACGUUCGGCAGGUUCUUCAUAACCUCAGUAUGUGGAGUGCUCGCAGUAAGGCUUUGACCUAUGAUGAAGCUAAGAGUAAUGCUAAAAAUGCCAAAAAGGACAUCAAAAUAGGUCCUUUUGAUGUUGUACGCAAGGUGUUUGGUAGUGAUGGAGACAAUGCUCACAUGACAUUUAUAGACAAGCUGGACCUCUUCUUCCAUGACUACUCGAUAGCGCCUCUCUUUGUUCAGGAAAAUUAUAUCCAUGUGAAGCCAGCUGCGUCAGGAGGGAACUUGAAGAAACACUUACUACUGCUGAGCAAAACGGCUGAUAGCAUAUGUGAUGGCGACCUGGUAGACAGGGCUAUCCGCAGUAAGCAGACCUGGAGUCUCCUGCCUACACAGGCCGUCUAUGCCAGUGUCCUGCCUGGGGAAUUGAUGAGGGGUUACAUGCCUCAGUUUCCAACUUUUCCUAGCUGGCUUGGGAAACAUUCUUCCACUGGGAAAUACGACCGUAUUACACAGGAGUUGGCUAUGCACACAUCUUUAAGAACGCGGGCAAGUAAGAGUGCUUUGAAUCUGGAUUACCUGUCCUACAUGAGGGACAGGCUGGUGCAGCCACUGAUAACCCAAGGCUCAGAUGGUGUGCAGGACGUUGUGGACCUAAUGGACACAUACUACUUCGUGAAAGAGGACUUUGAUAACAUUAUGGAGAUCUGCAGCUGGGGAGGAAAGCCAAGCCCUUUCUCCAAAGUUGACUCCAAGGUGAAAAGUGCUUUUACACGCAGCUACAACAAAGAGGCUCAUCUCACCCCUUACUCUCUGCAAAUGGUAAAAGCCACUAAACGAGAAACUGCCUCAUCACUUGACACGGAGUAUAGUGAGGAAAUGAAUAAUGACAAUCCGGCUGAAGAAAAUGAAGAUGAUGUAGGUGGAGAUGCCAUGAUCAAGGCAAAAAAGGCAAAAAAGGCAAAACGUCAAAACCUUCCAAGCCAACCAAAGCCGAAAAGAAUGAAGACAAAAAGCAGUGUAAACCGAAGACCAAGAAGGCUAAGU